CACAGCAAAUGAAAACCGGAAGCGGAGCUUACUUUAACACGGACUGUGUUUGUAGUUUACAGCCGUCGUUUGGCAUUCUCUUUCAUGAAUUUGUUUUAACUGAAGAAACCACACAGUCGUUGUCUCCAUGUGCCUUCGUUUUUUUUUUAUUAUUUUGUUUCAGCGCUGGUAUCGUUACCUGUACUAACUUAAUAAGCUAACAUUUGUAGAUUACUGGACUUUACACCACUUGAACGUCUUGAUGGAGCCAGCGACCCACCAGACCUGGAGGAGAUCCUUUUAUUACCUCCACGGAGCUUUUAUUCUUCCAAAAAGGUUCCAGUCAGGUCAGGCUGAGCACGCAGCUGUCUCUGCGUCCCCUCGUGUCUGUCCGAGGCUCCUGGUGUCUCGUCUGUACCAGCCCUCGAACCUGCGUGAUGUGGGUCAGGAGAGCCGGCUGGCGGGGCAGAUGACCUGUAAGAGCCAGAGACUCAUGCAGCAGGCUGGGCUCAUCCAUCCAUCCAACCCAGGGUGCUACUACUACCUUCCUGCCGCCGUGCGCUCCAUGGAGAAGCUGAUUAAAGUGAUUGACCAGGAGAUGCACGAGAUUGGUGGACAGAAGCUAGACAUGCCUAGUUUAUGCUCAGCUGAUCUCUGGAAAGCCAGUGAGCGCUGGGAUUUGAUGGGAAAGGAGCUGUUCCGUCUGAAAGACCGCCACAGGGCAGACUACUGCUUAGGUCCCACCCAUGAGGAGGCAGUGACGACCCUUGUCGCUCAUCAGACGACUCUGUCCUACAAACAGCUGCCUCUGCUUCUUUACCAAAUCACCAGGAAGUUCAGAGAUGAACCCAAGCCAAGGUUUGGCCUUCUGCGAGGGAGAGAGUUCUACAUGAAGGACAUGUACUCAUUUGAUGUUAGCGAAGAAGCUGCGAACCAGACGUACGAGUCUGUGUGUGAAGCAUACUCUCGACUCUUUGCCAGGUUGGGUCUGCGUUGCGUUCAGGUGCAGGCAGACACGGGAAACAUCGGCGGUACUCUCUCACAUGAGUUUCAGCUGCCGGCAGACAUUGGUGAGGACCAUCUGCUGCUCUGUGGAAGCUGCUCCUUCUCCGCUAAUGCGGAGACUUUGUCAUCAGGCCGAACCGACUGCCCACAGUGCAACACUGGCUCACUGGUAGAAUCAAAGGGUAUAGAAGUAGGUCACACCUUUUAUUUGGGUAAAAAGUACUCCCAUAUAUUCAAAGCCACCUUCAGCAGUGCCCAGAACAAGCCUGCUACUGCAGAGAUGGGCUGCUACGGUCUUGGGGUGACGCGCAUUCUCGCUGCAGCCAUCGAGGUGAUGUCAACAGAGGAAGAGAUCCGCUGGCCGGGUCUUAUCGCUCCAUAUCAAGUUUGUGUGUUGCCCCCUAAGAAGGGCAGUAGGGUAGAUAAGGCGGCAGUCUUUGCAGAAGAACUGGUUCAGACUCUGGGAGAAGCUGUUCCUCAUCUGAGAGGUGAAGUUGUUCUUGAUGACCGCACACACAUGACCAUUGGAAAGCGGCUGAAGGAUGCUAAUAAACUGGGCUACCCUUAUGUCAUCGUAGUAGGACAGGUGGCUUUAGAGGAAAAUCCAAAGAUUGAGGUGGUGUGUCAGCAGACGGGUGAGACUAUGUUCCUCAGUAAGGAUGGACUCCUGGAUCUACUGGGAAGAGUGGAAACUGUGUAACAAAACUUUAACAGCUGAUCCUGUAAGAAUUGUCAUGAUUGUUUAUUUUGAUGGUUGAAGUCCAAAGAAUACUAAAGACUUUGUCUAGACAUUACAUAGGUUUUAUUCACAAACGAGUAAAUUUGCUGUUAAAAAUGGCUUGAUAAGGUCUCUGGGAUUGAUUAAUGCUUUUUUUUUCUUAUAUGCUCAAUAAGAAGAGAAAUAAAGGCACAGCUUUAUAGUUUUACAUUUUUUUUUCUUCCCGGUACUGGUUGCUUGUUUAAAUGUAUUUCUGAAAUAAAGAAAUAUGUAGGAGCUCCACAAAA